AUGGCACAACGUCUAACACACUGCUUUGCUUCCGGAUGCACCACAGGGUACGUUUCCGCCAAAAAUAAAGCGCAGAAAGCCUCCCUCUUCGCCGUUCCCCACGACGAUGAACGCCGUCGGGCUUGGCAGCACUCAAUCCCGCGAGCUGACAAGCCUCUCGAGAAAAGCUCCGUAGUCUGUGAAGCUCAUUUUGACGAGAGAUUCAUAGUUCGCAACUACACGCACGUCAUUAACGGCGAGACGGUGGAAAUUCCCUGUGAUCGCCCUUGCCUGACAGCCGAUGCAAUCCCAGCAUUGUUUUCGAACAUUCCCGCGUACCUGUCGAAGAAACUGCCGUCAAAGAGGAAGUCGGUGACGUCCAACGGCGGCGUGCCUCGAAAGCAAAAGAGGGACGACGUCAUUCGUGAACACGAGCGCAUCGUUGUAGCCAACAUCACACCAAUGACGCAGCCCAGCACAAAAAAAAAGUUGGAGAGCAUGAAAGAAGAAUAUCUUCCAAGCAAAUACUGGGCAAAGCACGCGAUACCGAAAGCACCGAACGUCGUAGCGUUUCCAGUGCGUGCACCAAAUGGUGAAACUCUCUGCUUUCAGAAGCUGCUUUUGUGCUCUACUAGCGAGACAAGUAUCCACUGCACCGCACACGUACAGGGAUCAGUGGUGACAACUGUGGAUGUCGACAGCGCUGAUGCUGUGAAGGACCUGCUUUCAGAGAUGGAUACCCUUGUUCCUUGUGAAGGGUUUGAGAUGGGGACGAGCAUUGACAUGAUGCAAACAAAAACAAAGCACAAGACAUAUGCUGGCUUCUUACAAGCGCACAAGAGCAAAACAGACCCGUGUUGA